UGGAAAAGGACAGAAAGCAGGUGGAUUUACAGGUGUAGGGAGAAGUCUGGCUAGAGAUACCAGUUUGGGAGUCUCAGGUGCCUUAAACCUGAAGCCUUUUCUGGAAGAAAAUCUUGAGGGCAGGGAUCAGAUUCCCAGACAGCGCGAUCUUCGGGCAGAACCUUCCUCUUCUCUGGAACCUCAUCAUUGCAUUGUUCCAGUUAGAAAACAGGCCAGGGUGCUCGGGGCCCGGCCUCGGGGAGAUGGCAGAUGGGCGGAACUGCAGUUCUGGGGCCGGGAGAGCGCCCGGAGGCUUUUCGCGGAACUCCUGCCCUAGCGACGCGCGCCUCGUUGCUAGGGGCGGUGGCAUGGGAGGCUGUGGAGCGUGGUGGUUGCUGACUCCCUCCACUCGGCGCCCCUGCCGGCCCCAGCUCCCGACCCGGCCAGCCGGCUGCAGGGGACACAUCUUCCAGCAGCCACAAGGGAUGCUGCUGCUCUGGUCUCCUCCCUGCAAGGUUUUGUGUAGAUCCUGUGCAGUGAUGGGGAAACUGCAAAGCAAACUCAAACAUAGCGCUUACAAGUACAGCAGGCCCGAUGGAAUUCUAGAAGAGAGAAUUCAAACUAAAGCUUGUCAGGAGUAUAGCCCAGCCCACGUGGAUACUGUGUCUGUCGUUGCUGCCCUGAGCUCAGACCUGUGUGUCUCUGGAGGAAAAGAUAAGACAGCCGUGGCCUAUGACUGGAAAACCGGAAAUGUGGUGAGACGUUUCAGAGGACACGAACGAGAAAUCACUAAGAUAGCCUGUGUGCACAGAUCGAGCCAGUUCUUCAGCGCCUCUCGUGACAGGAUGGUCAUGAUGUGGGACUUGCACGGCCCCUCGCAACCAAGGCAGCAGUUCUCUGGCCACGCCAUGGUGGUCACUGGAUUGGCCGUGAGUCCAGACUCUUCACAGCUGUGUACUGGCUCUCGGGACAACACCCUGCUUCUGUGGGACGUUGGGACCGGCCAGUGUGCAGAGACAGCCUCCAUCUCCAGGAACCUGGUCACUCACUUGUGCUGGGUCCCCCAGGAACCAUAUAUACUACAGACUUCUGAAGAUAAAACCAUCAGAUUAUGGGACAGUCGGGGGCUGCAGGUAGCGCAUAUAUUUCCCACAAAGCAGCAUAUUCAGACCUACUGCGAGGUCAGUGAGGAUGGACACAAAUGUAUCUCCUGCAGCAACGGCUUUGGAGGGGAAGGCUGUGAAGCCACGUUGUGGGACCUACGGCAGACGCGGAAUAGAAUAUGUGAAUACAAGGGACAUUUCCAGACUGUCACAUCCUGUGUCUUUCUACCAAGAGCAUUAGCCUUGAUGCCUACAAUUGCCACCUCAUCACAUGACUGCAAAGUGAAGAUUUGGAACCAAGAUACUGGAGAGACCUCGCGUUCCAUGACGCCGAGAUCUUGGCCUAAGCUGCUGGUUCCCUCUUCCUCCCCCAGCCUGCCUGUUCACCUUGUCCCUGGACGGAUCAGGACCUUUGACUUCCCUGGCUGUUGGCGACACCGUCUCCUUGCUGUGUGCGAGUUUCAGCCGAGGAAUUCACCUGCUCAGAGUGGACUACAGCCAAGGGCUGGCACUGCGGGAAGUGGCAGCAUUCUGAGGCCAAGAGACAUUCACUUUCAAACCGUGGCCUGUCCUUUCUCAGUGUGGCUUUGUUCUUCCCUGUGAUCUUGCAGGGGGCGGGGGUGGGCGGUGAUGUGGGACCAGGGUUCUCUGCUUAGUUCCAUUCAGAAGGCAUAUCAGGGUUAGAAGCCAGUUUAAGUCCAGGUGCAGUUUAGAAACAUGAACUAAACAUAAAGUUCUCCAUCAAGGUGAAAUCCAAACACAGUUUUCAGUGACCUUUUGGAACUGCUCUUCAAAAACCAAGUUUAUGGCUCCAAAUGGUGCCCUGCAUGUGUAAGAGUGAUAGGCCUCUGCGAGUCAGAACACAGGGUUGAGUCUGUCGAACUGGCCUGUUGCAUGUCUCCACAAGAGAAGAAGAUGCAGGGGGGAGGCACACCGUUCUGGCAGCCUCACGGUGAUCUAGAUGGGGAAGGACAGCGCAGCUCCAUAGCGGAAAUGGAUUGUAGACAUGAGAUUAAGCUCCAGUCACUGCUCCUCAGCAAGGUGAAGAACCAAAGUUAGGGCAAGAAAGAAGUCUUGGCUUCUACUCGGAGGAGCCACAGAGUGGAAGGAGGCAUGUCCUAGACCAGUGCUGAGGUGGCAUGAAAGUUAGACCCCAGGUGGCUUGGAAAGGCCAACAGCCCAAGGGCCUUGCCCAGCAUCCUAAUUGUCAAACCUGUGCAUAAGAAAAUGGGGAGGUUCUGGGCGCCUGAGUGGCUCAGGUUAUGAUCUCACAGUUCGGGGGUUCGAGCCCUGAAUCGGGCUCUGUGCUGACAGCUCAGAGCCUGGAGCCUACCUUGGAUGUGUUACCCUCUCUGCCCCUUCCCCACUCGUGCUCUCUCUCUCUCUCUCAAAAAUAAACAUUAAAAAAAGCAAAGAAAGAAAAUGGAGAGGUUCCAAGA